UGUACUGGCAUCUAUAUUUUCUUUGGUUUUACUGGUAUUGGCACAAUGCUGGCCUUCAGGGGAUAUAGGCUGAUGCAGAUGUGGGCACAGAAAGCGUAGUGAGUUUCAGCAUUAGAUUUCUGCCUGCCUGAGUGCUGAUUUGUGAAUGCUUGAAAAGGACUGCCAAGUGCGCUUCUUCACUGAAAACUUAAGAUGUCACCUUGCAACAAUGGAAUAUUCCUGCACUUCAGCGAGAAGGAUUCAAACAGAGCCAGUGUUACUUGGAAAUGAAAAAUAGCUCUUUGAUACCCUGGGACAGCGCAUGCUGUGGUAAAGAAUUAUCAACUGGAUGUGUCUUCUUAAUUUCAUCUAAUACAGCAUGAAAUUGUUUUUUAAAGUUGCAGCACUAGACAAUGAAAAAUAGGUGGUGUUGAACACUUUUUGCUGUUGGUUUUUGUGCUAGUCUCGUCUGCUUAAGUGAGAAUUUUUAUCUGCUGCCACUGAAGAUGAGAGAGCUGUGAAUGUAUUAUUCUGUAUCAAGAUGGCAUACUUUCAGUGUUAAGGUGUUAGAUGAACUUGAAAUCUUGUAGCUUCAUCUAGAAAUUAUCUUGGUCUUUUCUGUUGGUUGAAAUACUCCAAUAGUUUAUUAUAUCCUGUUUGGUAAGGAACAAGCUUUGGUUUCUGAGCAUGAACAGUACAAAUAAUUGCACCUAUUUCUAGUUCUUAAAACCUCUGUCACUAUGUCACUCCUAUUUUUUUAAUAACUUUUGAAUGUCAUCCCCUAACUGGGAUUACUGGAGGAAAACACUUUUUUGUGGUGCUAUUGGCAUUUGGACAUUUCAUUAGAACACUGGUCUGAAAAAUUAACUUUUUCCUUUGUUGAAAAACUUUGUGAAAAUACAGGAAUACAUCCAUGUCUCUACAUGAGUUUUUAAGGGAAGGCCGAGACGGUCAUUACAGGUUACAAACAAGAGUGAGCCAAACCCUUCGCAAUGUCUCAUCCGCAGUACUUCGUUCCCUUCCAAAGAGACACUCGCGAAAUAACACACGUCGAGCAUUGUCUGGUGAGAUGUCUUCAUGUUUAUUUUUGGGAAGAAAUCAUGCAUCAGGAUAUAAUUCCCCUCAGUGCUGCAGAUAUUGAAGACCAGUUAAAGAAGCAGUUUGCAUAUUUGUCAGGUGGUAGAGGGGAAGAUGGUUGCCCUGUUAUCACAUUCCCAGACUAUCCAACAUUCAGCGAGAUUCCAGAGAGAGAGUUUCAGAAUGUCCUGACAUAUCUAACUAGCAUUCCCAGUUUACAAGAUGCUGGAAUUGGAUUUAUCCUUGUCAUAGAUCGAAGGCAAGACAAAUGGACCUCUGUGAAAGCCUCCAUACUGCGAAUAGCGGCAUCUUUCCCAGGAAACCUGCAGCUAGUCCUUGUUCUGCGCCCAACAGGAUUUAUCCACCGAACUCUCUCAGACCUCGCUUUCAAAUUCAACAGAGAUGAAUUUAAAAUGAAGGUACCAAUCAUAAUGCUGGGCUCACUAACAGAAUUGCAUGGUUACAUUGACAAAACACAGCUAACAGAAGAACUUGGUGGCACUCUGGAUUAUUGCCACAACAGAUGGCUCUCUCAUCGCACUGCCAUAGAAAGUUUCGCCCUAAUGGUUAAGCAAACAGCUCAAAUGCUUCAGUCCUUUGGGACUGAAUUGGCUGAAACAGAACUACCAAAUGAUGUGCAAUCAACCAGCUCCCUACUUGCAGCACAUACUGAAAAGAAGGACAAAAUGAAGGAGGAUUUGAGGUUAGCAUUAAAACACGGACAUGAUAUCCUUGAAAGUAUUAGAAAGCCAAUUACUGAGAACCCUGACUACAAACUCAACCAAGAUCAGCUUGACAAUCAAACCACGGUGGAAAGGCUUCUGGAUCAGUUAGAUGAAACAGAGAUUGCCUUUGAUGAAUUUUGGACUAAACACCAUCAAAAGCUUGAGCAGUGUGUACAGCUUCGGAAUUUUGAACAAGUUUUUGGAGAGGUCAAAGCAGCUUUAAUUAUAGUGUCUGAGAGACUAUCAGCUUUCACAGAUGUGGGGAACAGCUGUGCACAUGUGGAGCACAUUCUGAAGGCUCUUGCCAACUUUGAAGAAAAAUCACAUGAAUCCUUAGAAAAAGCUAACGUGCUGGCUUCUGAAGGUGACCAGCUUGUUCAAAGCAACCACUAUGCUGUGGACUCCAUUCUUCCCAAGUGCAAUGAGCUCCAUCAUCUCUGUGAUGCGUUUACAACAGAGAUAAAAAAUAAGAAAGAUCAUCUUACCAAAUCUUUGGAACUGCACAGUCUUUUGGAGAAGUCUAUGAGAUGGUGUGAUGAAGGCAUUUACCUGCUAGCAUCACAGCCUGUAGACAAAUGCCAGACCCAGGAUGGAGCAGAGUCAGCUUUACAGGAGAUUGAGAAAUUCCUGGACACUGGGGCAGACAAUAAAAUCAAUGAACCGAAUAAAGUUUACAAAUUAUAUGAACCCAUUCUCAACCAGGAUCUAAUGGAACAUGUGCAAAAAGUUUUUCAAAAGCAAGAAAGCAUGGAAGAAAUGUUUCAAAAGAGACAAGCAAGCCUAAAGAAACUAGCAGCUAAGCAAACCCGUCCGGUUCAGCCAGUGGCACCAAGACCUGAGGUGUUAGUAAAAUCUCCUUGCGUCUCUCCAGGUCUUCAUCGAGGUUCUGACUAUGUGUCCAGCCUAGAUGGUAAUCUCCGGAGAAUGAACUACAGAAGAGUAAAAAGUGAAAUGGGUGAAUUCCAUCAAAACAGAGUUGGGUCAGUGAUGGAUGAUGAAGAAAACUUAGCUGUGUUACGAAGCCAUGUAAUUAAUGAACUUAUUGAAACUGAACGAGCAUAUGUGGAAGAACUUCUGUGUGUUCUUGAGGGCUAUGCUACAGAGAUGGACAACCCUUUAAUGAUGAAUCUCAUUUCACCAGGGCUCCUAAAUAAGAAGGAUGUUUUGUUUGGGAAUAUGGAAGAAAUUUAUCAUUUUCAUAACAGAAUAUUCUUGCGAGAGCUAGAAAAUUACAUAGAAUACCCAGAGCUGGUGGGAAGGUGUUUCCUUGAAAGGAUGGAAGAUUUCCAGAUGUAUGAAAAAUAUUGUCAAAAUAAACCCCGAUCUGAAAGCUUGUGGAGGCAGUUUUCAGACUCUGCAUUUUUUCAGGAAUGUCAGAGGAAACUUGAGCACAAACUGAGUUUGGAUUCCUACUUACUGAAGCCUGUUCAGAGAAUAACCAAAUACCAAUUACUGCUGAAGGAAAUGCUGAAGUACAGUAAAAACUGUGAAGGAGCUGAAGAUCUGCAGGAGGCAUUAACCUCUAUACUAGGUAUUCUCAAAGCAGUCAAUGAUUCUAUGCACCAGAUUGCCAUUACCGGCUAUGACGGAAACCUGAAUGAACUAGGCAAGCUUUUAAUGCAAGGAUCCUUCAGUGUAUGGACAGAUCACAAAAAGGGCCACUCAAAAGUGAAGGAUUUGGCACGUUUCAAGCCAAUGCAAAGGCACCUCUUCCUCCAUGAGAAGGCAGUGUUAUUCUGUAAGAAGAGAGAAGAAAAUGGAGAGGGAUAUGAAAAAGCACCUUCCUACAGUUACAAGCAUUCCUUAAAUAUGACAGCUGUUGGAAUAACGGAGAACGUCAAAGGUGACUCAAAGAAAUUUGAAAUCUGGUAUAAUGCGAGGGAAGAAGUUUACAUCAUUCAGGCACCAACCCCUGAAAUUAAAGCUACCUGGGUAAAUGAAAUUAGAAAAGUGUUAACUAGCCAACUGCAGGCAUGCCGAGAAGCUAGUCAGCACAAAACACUAGAACAGACGCACAGUUUACCUUUACCUCCAUCAACUUGUACAAGUCCUUCAAGGAAUCAGGGAAGAAACUUAAAAAAACUAGAAGAGAGAAAAACUGAUCCCACAAGCCCAGAAGGUUGUCUCACCUCAGUAACACCAAAGUACCCUGAGAGAGGCAAAGAUAAUUCAAUAAUUAGUUCUACCUCAGAAUGCUCUGCACUGUCAAAAAAGCGCUUUACACUUCAGGGCUUUACUAACCUCAAAAGUCAAAAAGAAACUCCAUCUCCUACUGGUAAAAACCUGACAUUGCCAAUGAUCCUUCUGACAGGACCAGCUUCUCCCACCAGCCCUGACAAAAAAGCUAAACGACAUGAAGUAAAGAGUGAUCCAACUCCUUUUGGUUUAAGAGAUACAUGUUCAGUAUUUACAUUGGAAAGGGCCAAAUGGGUCAGUACUUCUAAUCUUGUAUCAGCAACCCAGCGCAGACAAGGCUGGUCAAGAACUUCUCAUUCUCUUGAUGCCUCUGAAGAAAAUGAUGGUUGGUCUAGUGCUGAGGACCCACUUAAUUCAUCAGAUGCAGAGGAAGAAGAAGGAGGAGUGGGAGAAGAGAUAAAGCUGACUCCUGGUAAAUACACUGUUGUGACUGAUUAUGACAAACGAGGGUCUGAAGAUCUUGCAGUAAAAAGUGGAGACCUCGUUCAGCUGAUCCGUGAAGGGGAGGACAGACUUUGGUAUGUGAAGAAUCUGAGCACUGGGAAAGAAGGUUUGGUACCAGCCAACAAUUUAUUGAUGCUCAUUGGCAACUCAAAAUCAGCUCAGUCUUUAAGCAGCUCUGAAUCAGGCACUGGCUGCAGUACUUUGAGUUCAUCAUCAAGUUACAGUGAAAGUGGCAAUGCUGGCAGCACCAGCUUCUCAGAUAUGAAGGGCUAACAUUAAAAUUUCUCUCCUGGGAACUUUCACCAUCUUGUGCAGACUUCCCAAUGACUGGACUGAAAUGGAGAUCCAGCGUGUAUGUGUUGCCUGUCUCAUGUUUUAAAUAGUGAUUUAUGGAGCCAUCUCUGGGAAGAGCUCAAUGAAAAAGUAGGUGAAGUCUGAUACUGUACAGAAAAGUAAAUUAUCUAAAAUGGGAUCUUCUAGCAGCUUCUGAUUUGACAUGUGUCUCAACGUACAUUUUCCCAUGGAUAUUGCAAUCAAGUCUAUAGACACCUCAUUUUACCACAACCAGAAGAAGAACUGGAUUUAACAGGAAUGUGUUCCUCUGUGAUAAAUUCUAUAGUAGCAUAAUAAAAUAAAAAAUAAUUGCAUAAUAAGGAUACAAAUACAGAAAUAAGGAUAAGAAAUCUCAGUUUAAAGUUCAUUCUCCCAAAAAUCUUCUUCUAAGGAUACUUCUGGGUUAAUGCAGUGCAUGGAGUCUCUUCUACAAUAUCUGGGAAUUUAAUGAAGGUCCAGCCAUUCUCCUUUCUUGAAUUUUUAGCACUGUGCUUUCCGCAGUAAAAUUCAUCUUCACAGACUGUACUGCAAAAGAAAUGAACAAUUCCUGGACCGCAACAGCAUCAAAAGAAGAGACUAUUUUAUCUUUUCCAGCAUUUUUACAGUGUCCCCAAUGGCCAUUUUUGAGGUAUUUUGGCCUCUAAACCAAGUUCUUUACCAAGAAUCACUGUUUACACAUAACAUUGGCGAUUUAAUAGCAUCUUUGAUACAAAAUUAUUUUUCGUUACAAGGAUACACAUUGAAACAAAAAAUGUUUGUAUUACUUAAGUGAUUUCUUAGCGGUUUCCAGUUAGAAGAUGGUUACAGGAAAAUGAAACUAUUAAAGCUGCACUAUAUAGCUGAAGAGCUUUCCUAAUGCUGAUGAUUUAUGUAAGGGUUAGAAACCUGAGCCUUUUAGCUAAGGAUGUAUGUUUGUAGAUUUACUGAAAAGGAUGGAAACAUUUAAAUAAUUGUGUAUUUUUUCUAUGAAAGUGGAGGGUGGGGAAAUAUACUUUAUUUAAAAAAAAUCUGAACUACAUUGUGGACAAAUAUUUUAAUUGUUUUUUUUUAAAGGGAGGAAAAUCAUAACAUGCAGUUUUUCAGGGUAUAAUGUAAAUGCUGUAAAAAUUCACCUCAUCAGAUUUUCUUUGCAAUUCAGCCUUACAAAUGCACACAGGGUAUCCGCUUGUGUGUGUACUGUAUUGAAAAUUCCUUCAAUUCAUUCCUUGCUACAUUCAGAUAUAUGUAUUUUUUCUUAUACUGAAACAAAAUUUUUCCUGGUCUCUAUAACUAUUACUUAAAAUAAUCUGGAAUGUUGAGGGCUUGAUUUUUUUCAGAAGCACUGAGUGCAGUGAGCUUCUGUUGUGUUCAAUGGGAGCUCUGGUGCUCAGCACCUAGAAGUCUAACUUAAUAUAAGAAUUUCAUACUCAAUCAUGGAAACAGCUAAAAGAGAAAUGUCUCAGAUGAACUAUCUUACUUUUUCUACUUUCCAGAAAUGAUUCCUAACCCAAUUACAAUCAAUAUGCAGCUGGCUAUGGUCCAUGCAUAAAUGUGUGUAUAAAUAUAUGUAUGUAUGUGUUUCUGUGUGUGUGUGUGUGUGUGUACAUAUAUAUAUUAAUGUAAAGGAUGUAUUUAUAGUCUUCAUGCUGCUGAAAAUGUGUCACUUUACAAUUCAUAACUACUUAGGUUUCUUGCAAUACUGCAGUAUGAAGGCUGAUCAGGGUUUUUACUUUAUACAUUUCCAAAAAAGAAUUCCUCUAUUCCUUCCUUCCUUAAAUUAUCCUGUACAAAACUGUGCUGGCCAGGACUGUUUAGCCUGAUCUGUGAUAAUGAAAUAGCAAUGUGCAGCGAUAUGGGUUUGUCUUCUUGUAAGUUAUUUUGUAAAUGAUCUGUAACAUAAUUUACUUAAAUAUAUUGCUCCCAAACAGUCCUAGAAUGAGACUGUGUUCUUUCAGCUGUCUCUGCAGCAUUCUUUCCAUUAUUUUUGUGAUCAUAUACACAUCAUUGCACUUUAAUACAGCACAUUUCACCAUUUCCUUUUCUACUGCUGUUGUAAAUUGUAAGUAUAAAGUCAGAGGUCUUUAUUGGAUGUAUGAAAGUUUGAUGAAUAAAUUUCAGCAUUCCUUGUUGGAUGUCCUCAAAAUGGAGGUGCUGUUUGCUUUAUUGUCUCAAGGUGCUUGAAACACUAUUGUGCUAUGUGUCCAGCAAGAACAUAAAUGCGUCAGU